UUGAUCAUUGUCCCGCAGCUCAGCUCAGAACACCCCCUCUCCCCUCCCCUCUCUCUCUCUCUCCCCAGCACGCCUUUCGCAGGCAGCUCUUUUUACUUCACAACUUCUCCGAGGAGCUAAACUCGUGGAUUCUUUCCAUUUAGUGGCGUCUCGGUUUUUUUUUCUACUUUGAACUACUCUCUUCCCCCCCCUCCUCCUGUAGGUGACCAUGGCCGUACCGGCUGCUCUGAUCCCACCGACUCCUCUGCUGGUUUCUCCGCCUCAGAUCUCGACUCCCUCCGCGACGACGUCCCCUCCGACGACUACAACUCCUCCGUCGCAGUCUCCAUCCCUGGCUCCGCCGUCCUCCUUGCCCGGGCAGAACCUGUUCAGGUCGGAGCUCCUCUCCACCGGCAGCCCGAACGCAUCUCUACCGCCCGGCAAACCGGUGUACUCCACCCCGUCGCCCGUGGAGAACAUACCGCAGAACAACGAGUGCAAGAUGGUCGAGUUGCGCGGUGCAAAGGUGGCCUCUUUCACGGUGGACGGAUGCGAGCUCAUCUGCCUCCCUCAGGCGUUCGACCUGUUCCUGAAGCACCUGGUCGGAGGGCUGCACACCGUCUACACCAAGCUGAAGCGUCUGGAGAUCACGCCGGUGGUGUGCAAUGUGGAGCAGGUCCGCAUCCUCAGAGGACUCGGCGCCAUCCAGCCCGGGGUGAACCGCUGUAAACUCAUCUCCAGAAAGGACUUCGAGACGCUGUACAACGACUGCACCAACGCCAGCUCCAGACCGGGCCGACCUCCGAAGAGGACCCAGAGUGUGACAUCGUCGGAGAACCCCCACAUCAUGCCCCACUCGGUCCCUGGCCUCAUGUCCCCCGGCAUGAUGCCACCCACAGGGCAGGUUUUUCAGAGAGGUUUUGCAGGUGCAGCAGCUCAGCCCCAGCAGACAUGUAGUGCGUGGUCUGUAAGUGCUCUGUCUCGUCUCUCCUGCCUCCUCUCUCCAGGCCUGACAGCAGCGGCGGCAGCAGCUGCCAACGCAGCCAUCGCAGAGGCCAUGAAGGUCAAGAAGAUCAAGCUGGAGGCGAUGAGCGGCUACCACGGCAACGCCAACCACCACGGGGCCGACGGAGAGAACGGAGACCUGAGCUCCAGCGUCGGCCUGGAACUCCCCUUCAUGAUGAUGCCACACCCCCUGAUCCCGGUCAGCCUGCCCCCGGCCUCCGUCACCAUGGCGAUGAGCCAGAUGAAUCACCUCAGCACCAUCGCGAACAUGGCGGCCGCAGCACAGGGCCAGAGUAUGCCCUCCAGAAUGGUCACCUCUGUUAUAAAGGAAAGGGUGCCGGACAGUCCCUCCCCUGCUCCCUCCUUAGAAGACCACAGGAGGCCGGGCAGUCACCCGUCGUCCCACCGCAGCAGCAGCGUGUCCAGCUCGCCGGCCCACACAGAAAGCUCCUCAGACAGGAUACGUACGUUUGUCACACAGAUAAAUGCGAUGCACCACAACGGCCUGUCCAUGAACCACGCCCUGCUAGGCCUGUCCCCCAACAUGCCGCCUGGGCCUAAAGAGGGAGACCUGGCCCACGACAUGAGCCAUGAAAUGAAGAGGAUGCACACUGACAAAGAGGACAACUCAAUGUGCACCCCAACAGCAAGAGAUAGCUACGAGAGGUUGUCAUUGGCUGGACAGGCUCUGCCUCCCGGCUUCCCCUCACCAUUUCUCUUCCCAGAUGGCUUGUCGUCAAUAGAGACUCUCCUCACCAACAUACAGGGCCUGCUCAAAGUGGCUAUCGACAACGCACGCGCUCAGGAGAAGCAGGUGCAGCUGGAGAAGACGGAGCUGAAGAUGGAGCUGUUUAGAGAGAGGGAGCUCAGGGAGACUAUGGAGAAGCAGCUCGCCAUGGAGCAGAAGAACAGAGCAAUCGUUCAGAAGCGUCUGAAGAAGGAGAAGAAGGCCAAGAGGAAACUCCAAGAGGCCCUGGAGUACGAGUCCAAGAGGAGAGAGCAGGUGGAGCAGACUCUGAAGCAGCCCUCGCCCUCCGACAGCAUGCGCUCCCUCAACGGUCAGACGCUCCGCAACUCUCUGACCCCUGAGAUGGAGAGUGACCGCAGCAGUGGAAGAACAGAUGCUGAAAGGACAAUACAAGAUGGAAGACUGUUCCUGAAAACCACCGUGAUGUACUGAUAAGGCCGCCAGGAGCUGGAGGAAAUAAAACAUUCAGAAAAAAAGAGGAAAAAAAAGAAAACCCAUGAAGAGUCUCAAGAGCCCUUGUUCAGGCUGAUUUAGUGGAGGGAAGAAGUCAAGCUGCUUGUAGGAGUUCAAUGGAAUCGCUGUGUGUCAACCCAAACGCUGGAGGAGCUCGGUCUGAAUGUAGAGUAAGAAGUCUUUUCCUCUCACAGAGGCCAACGUGAGAUAGUUUGCUAGAGCAGGUUAUGAAGUAGCAGGAUGGGAAAACACAUUGAGCACAGUAAAAAAAAAGAAAAAAAAUGUACCUGUGGUACAUCGUUGGUAAUAACCCCGUUAAUUCACAGCACUGAAGAUUUUUAUACUGUAUCUCAGCCAGCGAGAAAUUUGACUGAAGUUUUGUUUUUUGUAUCUUCAAAUUGAAUUUUUGAGAAGCAAUGCGUGCAGAUGAACCUUGUGAGAGAGAGCAAAAAAAAAAAAAUGUGAAUCUAUCCAUGUGUUCAUCAAAAGAGAAGACUGAUGUUUGAUUUUCAUGUUUUCUAAAUUAGAUGACAAUACAAUCAAGUUUCCUUUUUACCAUCGUUGUACAUACGAGAUCUGAUGAUAAUGAUAGGAAAACUCCCUCCGUCGACCCCAGUGGAAUGACGAGGUAUGUGUAUAUAACGUUUAAGAGGUAUUGUGUAUGCAGUAGAGCUAUUAGGCAAAACAAUACCAACCAUUUAUAUAAACCUACAGUUUUGUUUUCUUCUAUUUCUGAGCCAUCAUUCUUUCCUAUAGCUGCCAUUUUGGUGAGAAAGCAUGCAGGCAUGUCAAUGUUUGUCCUGGAAUUAUGAUAUUUAAUAAAUCCUAUAUUGUGCUGAACAAACACUAGGGUUGACUCACUCGAGCCCGGAACGAUUUUUGAAAACAUAAUUAUCAAACGUUUCACUUUCAAAGAGGAAGACUUUUGCUGUCAAUAGUACUGUAAUCUUUGUAACAGAGGUCAUAUUUCUUGGAAUUUACUGUACAUUGUUUUUUGUCAUGAGACACACAUGAAAUCAGCACCUCUCAAAGCUUUUUAAAAAAAAAAAAAAAAAAUUGAUCCAGACUUAUCAUGUUCCCGUGUCAGCUCAAGAAACAAUGAGUCUUGACAGAACUUUUGGAGACCGUUUGACUACAUGGCUCAAAUCUCUGUUGAACGUACACAAAGACACUUUUCUUUCUUAGAGUAUUUCAUGAUAUCCUGAUGAUAUGAGAGAGAAAAAAAGAACAUGCUAAGUUAUAAUCUCUGCGUUACUUUCCCCUAAAGACUUUUGACUUUCGGUGCUGAAACCUCCUGUGUAUAUUCCCUAGACAUAAGCUGAUGUCAGUCCUUUAACUGCAGAACAGUUCGACCUUAUGUGUUACAAUCAGAGGAGGAGGAGUGUCCCAUGUUCACUAUGUGUUGUUCCUUUUCGUUCUCAAUGGAGUGUCUAUAGGUCUGUUGUCACUGAUAACUUAUAUAUAGCUUCUCGAAUCAUCUCUUCAUUGUACUUCAAAAUUCAAAUAAAGUUAACAUGUUGAUGAUAAACUAUGUGAGUUGACUGUGUUGCCCCCGGACGCACUUCCUGCCUACAACGCAGAGUAUUUCCUGGAAGAAGAAGUCGCACUCUGAUUAAACAUUUCCAGAUGCAGCUCGAUACAGAAGACGGACAGAUGUAACCGAUCAAGAUGAUGUGAUACAAAUAGAACAUGUGUUGGGGGGGCAGCUCUCAUAAGUCUUAUAACUCAUUUCUAUGGAUGUACGGCCUAUUAAUAAAAAAAACA